AUGGUGAUGAAACUGCUCGACCGAGAGCCAUCAGCCGCCAAAUUCAACGAUUUGGCCAAGCUGGCCCAUGACUUCGUAUUUGCAGCAGAGACAUACGGCAAGAUCAUCAUCUCCGAGCUCAGCCUGCCUGAACCGAAGAAGACAAUCAAGCCGAUGGCUGUGGGCGGACAGGCCGGGGGCGAGAAAUACAUCGUGCAAGGCAUCUUCUUCAAGUUCGCACUUGACCUUUACGGUAUCUACGGCGGCGAUGAAUUUGCUAUGAAAGCAGCGUCACACGAUCUGAAGGGGCUGACCCACUACUACAGUUGUCAGAUCCCCGGCCUCCACGUACCUCUAAUGGCCCUGAUCGACUACCUGGGCUUCAGGUUGAUCGCUAUCACCAUUCUGCCGAUCAACUCGCACACCAUCCAAUACGGCUCCAACAGCCACCAACGCGACCUGCAGUCCGUCAUCGGCGUCUGCUUCCUUGUCGCCGCUGGUCGGGAGCUUCCCCAGCUUGCGAGUCGCAUGUGCUUCUGCAACGAAAAGCUCACCAUCAGCGUCAACCGGUCCACUACACGGAAGAGUAAGGGCGCACCAGCAAGAAGGGCCGUGCUGGGCGCCGCCUGGAGCAGUGAGGCUGGAGUCAUCGCUCCUCCUGCGCUCUGUGGGGCGUGGCACCAGAACGAUCUGAGCCACGAAUGGUGA